AUGGACGCCACCUGGACAUUCAUCCCCAAGCUUAUUUUAGCAGCGGCCUUGGUGAUGUCUUCCAGAGCAUGGCAUCUCAAUGUGACGUCAUCAGAAAUCGACGUCGGUAGGACAGCGCAAGUUUCCCUGAAUUGUUUCAACCCCUAUCAACAGCAGGACAUCACUGACCUUCUCAUGAUGAGAAUUGAGAAAAAACAGCUGACCGGAUGGUCCAGUGUCGCGGAACUACGUCACGGCGAUGUGGACGUCAGACUCACAGCCAAUGACGUCACCGCCACGGGCAACAUUGUCUCUGGGGCUAAUAGCUUCAUGCGGCUUACCUGGCCACUGGCAACCAACGACACGAUCGGUCUUUACCGUUGUGACGUCACUUUUCUGAAUUCCCACGGCAGCGUCGGGUGGCAGAAAGGCCUACCGACUUCCAUCUCUCGUAAGAGUGACGUCACUUUUCAGAUCCUGAGCGAAAUGGUGGAGGAGACCAAAAGACAGUGCACACAGCAAAAACAAGACAUCCAGACAUACGUAGCAGCGGCCGUAGAGGAGAACAAGAGACACUGUCUGAAGGAGAAACAAGACGUUCUCCAAAACAUGACGGCCAUGCUCAAGGCGCUUGAAAUUCUGGAGACCGUGACGGCAGCCUUGGAGAGGAACCAGAGAGAGGUUCUACUGCACAGUCAGCGCCUCCUGGCAAACACCUCGGCCAGUUUGGAGCAGAGGUUGAGCGAUGUCGAGGACAAGCUAUGGAUCCGCCAAACUUUAUAUCUCGCCAUUUCCCACAGCCGUUCAUCAAAUUCCUCUCUGUGGGUUUCUCUCCAGCCCCAGUCGUGCGCUAGUGUCAAGGGUUUCGGUCCUCGACCGGUGGUCCUUCUCUCCAGCGGCCAGCGUGUCGUCUGUGACACAGUGACGGACCAAGGUGGAUGGAUCGUGAUACAAAGACGUGUUUCGGCCGACGUGGACUUUUUCCGUGGCUGGGAGGACUACAAGAACGGAUUUGGAGACCUCCACGGAAACUUCUGGCUUGGACUAGAGAAAAUCCACCAGCUGACAAGUCAGGCAAGUUGUUUACGAUUUAAAAUUUACUGCAGUGGACUCCACAUGAAUCUACAGCUGGUUUUAAUUUUCUACGGGUUGUUUUCAUUGUCUUUACGUUUUCAUCACCAGGUGAGACACGAACUGAGGUUCGAUUUGAGAUUCCAGGGAAAAAACUACUACGCCAGCUACGACAAGUUUUCGCUGUCUGGAGAAACAGACAACUAUAGGAUUCAGAUUUCUGGAUUUUCCGGUAAUGUUGAUGAUAACAUGGUUGGUCACAACGGUCAGCCGUUCUCUACCAAUGACCGUGACAACGACUCAUGGGAAAAGAACUGUGCCAGUGUGUACCACGGAGCUUGGUGGUACAACAACUGCCAUUCCGUGAACCUCAACGGACUGUGGGGCAGCACAGGUGGCGCUAAAGGAUUGAGGUGGAAGAGUGUAACAACGGGCUCGGUUUCCUUCAGCGAAAUGAAGAUUCGACCUUUUGCUAAGUGACAGCUUCACGAGACCGAAUUGUCCUGCUGAAUAUGUACCUAGAUGUUUGCGUGUCUGUUUGUUCGUUUUUGUUAAACACAGUAUGAAAUACACAGAAGGAAUUGGGAAAACGUCAAAUAUCUUGGACGUGUUAAAUUUCGUAUGUAUGUACCAUCGUGUCAGGUCAUUUAUUUAUAUUAAUGUUAAAGAUAAAACAACCACUGGUAAAGAUACAGAAUCAUAUCAAUUGGUAUUGUACAGUAUUAAAAAUAUCGCAAACCAAACAUUUCUUUUUUUGAACUUUCUUACAUUUAAAUACACGUUCCAACACUGACACACAUGCACAUUUACACGAGCACAUACACGCAAACACAAGUCUUCACUUUCAACUCUCUCAUGUUCUUUCCGUCACACAAAACUCUUCAGGGGGGCUCUCGUGGCCCAGAGGUUAAGGUGUUUGACUCUCUUUCAAUAG